UGGUGGGUCUCAGCUUGGAGGGGAGGGAGGGGACGUGUUGUGGAUCAAUGUGUGUCUGUGGCCUGAGCAUCUGGGCAGAUGGGGAUGGCUAGAGGAGCUGCACGUCUUAGGGGAAAACCAAGCCCAGCUCAGGCCUGCUGAGUGUGAGCAGCCCACGAGACAGCCAAAGGGAUGUGUUAGGGAGGCAUCUGGAAAGCUGGGCCUGGAGCUCCAGGGAGAGGCCGGGCUGGAGGUGGAGACCUGGGGCUUGGCUGGUUUUUAAAGUCUUAGAGUAGAUGGGCCACCCAGGGCCUGAGGCCAGCGGGAGAGAGGAGGCUCCUGCCCUACCCUGAGGAGCCUGCGUGGGGGUGGGGAGCCAUGAAAGAGACUGAGAAGAUGAUGAACUCAGGGGCGUGGCACACAGGUCUUCUCAAAGGGUGCAGGUGGCAGGGAGGCUUUGAUGAAUAGGACUGGAAGGCAGCCCGUCGGCUCUGACCACAUAGAGGUCCUUGGUGGCACGCAGUAGGUCUCAUAGGCAAAAGUUCUUUUUUGCAGAAACUUGUGGGUCACGUGUCUGCUUCCUCCACUUAGUGUGGGGCUCCCGGAGGGCAGGGCCUUUUUGUGGGCCUCAGGUUCUCCAGCACUGGUGCCCGUUUGGCCCAUAGGGUAUAUCCAGAACGUGGAUGGACGGAUGGGCAGAUGGGUGGAUGGGCCAGCUGCCAUCAGGAGGCUGUUUUCAGAGGCAGCUCUAGGAGGUGUUUCAUUCCUCCACCCAUCCAACUUGUUUCAUCUUCAGAGCAAGAAAAACAAAAUGACAGCUUGCUUACCCCACCGCAAGGAUCAGGGCUGUGUGUCUGGGGGCUCACAGCACAGAGUCGUGGCUUCUCUCUGGGCCUUGAAGCCCAGUCUGCAUGUCCCACCCGACCACCAGCAUGUCUCCUCGGCCCGUCCUGGCAUGCACACUCAGCCGCAGCCCUCUGGGCUCCUUGGCCCCCAGCCCCUCUGCCCCAGGCAGUGUCCUCAGGCUUCUCCCUCUGACCUCGGUCCCCUUAGCUUCCUUGCUCCCCUGGCCCCGGACACUCGCUGAUGCCUCUCACCUCCAGCAUCCCAUCCCAACACCUUAGCAUGGCAUUCAAGGCCCUGCCGACUGGCCUCUGUCUCUCAUCCCCUCACCACUCUCCAGCUCUCUCUUAGGGCCAGUGGGUGGCUGCUCCCUGUCCUAGACCUGCUUUGUACUGUUACACUGUGUGCCUCUGCUAAGCAGUUGCCUCUGCCAGAAAGCCCUUCUGCCUUGUCCUAAACACACAUCUGACCAGUCUCUCUCCUGCUUAAAGCCCCUCCCUCAAGACAAGGUCUGAGCAGCCUAGCCAGCCCUGGCCACCUUCACAUGCGCCUCUUGCCGUGGCCGUGUGUCUGCAGGCCCCAGGGGUGCACGGGUGGACACCCACCUCACGGGCUUACAGGCUUGGGGGGGCUCCCCUGAGAUGCUCUUGAUACGCACCUAGCAAUGACACUGACACGCAGUAGGAGCUCAGCAAGUGUUCACCCCCUCACCGGCCUUCCUUGCAUCUGACACACAGUAGGUGUACGCCAGGGCCAAGGUCACCAACUGAGUCAUUAACUUACUGAAGACCAGACAGAGAAGGAUGCAGAAAUUGGGCAGAGGCUGUGCAGAUCAGAUUAUAUGACCCAGGGCAGACCCUGCCCCUCUGUGGGCCUGCUUCUCCGAACAGGGUGUGGGGUGGUCCCUGCCUGACCAGGGGCCUGGUAAGUGACAGAGAGGAUGCUCUAUCCCAGACCCUGGGCAAGCACCCUUUUCUCCAGAGCUCCCUGACCAGGGUGGGGCUUUGGGAAGCCUGAACUUGGCAUUGAACUUAAGAGGAGGAGGAGAAGACAGCUCCCCUAGAACUGUCUGAGGAACAGCCAGGUGCAGUGGGCAGAGUCCUGGGCCAGGACAGGAACGAGACAGAGCAGCCUGUUUCACCCCAUUUUACAGAUGAGAAAAACCGAGGCUCAGAGAGCCGAUACCUAUACUGCAGCCCAGUGCUCCCUCCUCUUUCCCCAUCCGUGUGACCUGGGGCAAAGUACUUCCCUCCUGAUGCUCUAGCUUCCUCCUCUGGGAAAUGGGGGUGACAAUUCUUCCCUGCUUCCUCGGACUCUGAUGAGAAUGCCGGUGGGUACAGAAGAGCCUUGUAAACUGUCCGCUGUGCUUGGUAAUUAAGUGGGAUUUUCUUGAAAAUAAUUCUGAUUAUUGUUCCUUCAGUUAUUCAUUCUGUCAUGGAACUCAUGUUGUUGGUAACCUCUAGGCCUGGGUGCCAGGGAUCCUGAGAUGAACCAGACAGGUGUAUCCAAUUCCCAGGCUUCUCUGAGCCAGCUCCCAGCUCCUCUUCCCCCCAGCCCUGGAGUGUCCUCACCUUGGCUUUACAGCUAGUCCCCUCCAUGUUUUCCCUGGUGGACAACAGCAGGGGAGGGACAGGUCCUGCUGGAUGGGUGGGUGCCUGCCUGUGGGGCUGUAGCGAUGCCAUCCUAAGACGGGGCAUAUUCACAAGCCUGCAGUCAGGGUGCCUUGUCCUUCCCUUGAACAGCUAAGGGACUGAUGAACUGGACUUUGGAGUCAGGCAGAUUAGAAUGGGAAUCUCAGUUCUCUGUGUACUUGCUGUGUGACCUUGACCAAGUCACUCCACCUCUCUGAACUUCAGUUUCCUCUCUUGUAAAGUGGGGUUGAUGAGAGUACUUGCCUUUCAGUGUCAGUGUGCCUGGCAGAAGAUAGGCACUUGGUAAAUGGCAGCCUCCUCAGUGUGGCUGUUGGCGUUGAGGUCUUGCUGAGAAAGGAGAAGUCUCAGGGAUCUGGAGCAGUCAGGGAGAACUCCAGGCAGGAAGUGCUUCUUGUGUUGGGCUGGGAGAGAUGGGCAGGGUUGGAUGGGUCGAGGGAAGGGCAGCUUGGUGUCUGAGGUAGUGGCAGCAGGCGUGCUCUUAGAGGGCAGAGGCUGACCUGGACACCCCAGAGGCGGAUAUUCUCGUCCCCAGCCUGGCCAGGCUCAGACCCAAACCGGCCCCCAGGCUGGGAGUGAGAGGCAGAGAUUUUUGCACGUAGCUAUUGAGUCAUUUGAUGUGGAUAUUUGCUCAACCGAGGACUGGGGUUUGCAAAGCAAAUUCCCCAGGGGAACCGGCUUGAGCAAAUCCGAUUUCUAAUCUUGACUCUGGCACCCUAGCUCUGUGGUCUUGGACAGGUCUCUUCCCUUCUUCCCAAGCCUCACUUUCUUUAUCUAUAAAAUGGGGGUAAUAACACGUCCUGUGCCUACUGCUCAAGUAAAGAUCACAAGAGAUAAUGAAUAUAAAAGAUCUUUCUUAAAGUGUUGAGAAUAGAUUAUGUCUUUAUUGAGGGUUUUCUCCUGAAACCCUCUGCCUGCAACUCCAGCAGGGGCUUCUCAGGCUUGUAGGACCAAGAAAAGAGGUUGAAGCCAUUUCGUUUUGACCUUGCCUGUCAAAAUAAACAAUUCCAUUUAAUAGCAACAAUACCAGUAGGUAUUUAGUUAGUAAUUUCUAUGAGAGAGAGAGAAAUAAGAAAUCUGAUGGGGAGCAAGACUUAAUGGAAUACCUCUGUCCAGCAUGGUCCCUGUAAGUCACUUCUUGACUUACUCUAGGAGUAAAACUUGCAGGAAAACUCGAACCCUCUGGAAGACUCAGAUAGCUCUGAAGCUCCAUCCUCAUACUGCCCUGGUGGAAAGGCCUUCUAAUCACACAGGCCUGCCAUGGAACUUGCCAGAGGUGAGGGCCACGGGACAUAUUGUCACAUACUUCUACUGAAGAGCCCCAAUCUUCCCUAGCCUCAGGCCUCCUCCACCCCCUCCUUAAGCACAGGGUUUGACACAUCCUUGUACGCAAAAUGUUGCACACGUCCAUGCUUGUUUCUGGAGGGUAACUUUCCAGAGGGAGAGUUUCUUGGGUCAAAGGAUGAUAUUGUUUGGGUCUCUGAAAAGCAUCCUGCCAAAUUGCCCUUCAGAAAGGCUGUAUCUGAUGACCUAAGUUGCCCCUGUGUUCUGAUGAGGAUGUCUGCACUGUAAGGGGCAUUGGUCAGAAAGGCAGGGAUCAGAGAUGGACAGUUGCCUCUGCUCUGUGGCCAUUUAGAGUUGACCCAGGAUUCCUCAGUUUGUCUCUGGAUGAGGGGUCUUCUGUGUGGAAUCCAUGGGUCCAUGGGGUUGGCCCUGCAGCCUAGGGCCCUGCUGGGGGAUGCGGAUUGACCUGCCAGCAUCAGGGUGAUGGGGGUGCUGGGACCACUCUGGUCUGGACGUGACCUUUGUCCUCUGUGCCCACUGAGGGAGACGCUGAUUUCCAGACUUUCAGCCUGGGGACAUGGUUCUCCGGACUGGAUGGCCGAGCCUCGAUUUAACAACCCCUAUUUCUGGCCCCCUCCUCCCACCAUGCCCAGCCAGCUGGACAACCUGGUCCUGAUUAACAAGAUCAAGGAGCAGCUGAUGGCGGAGAAGAUCCGGCCGCCUCACCUGCCGCCCACGUCGGCCUCGUCGCAGCAGCCGCUGCUGGUGCCGCCGGCGCCGGCCGAGAGCAGCCAGGCCGUCAUGUCGCUGCCCAAGCUGCAGCAGGUGCCCGGGCUGCACCCGCAGGCCGUGCCGCAGCCCGACGUGGCGCUGCACGCGCGGCCGGCCACCAGCACCGUCACAGGUCUGGGGCUCUCCUCCCGGACCCCUGCUGUGAGCACGUCCGAGUCGAGCGCGGGCACGGGUACCAGUACCCCGUCCACACCCACCACCACCAGCCAGAGCCGCCUCAUCGCCUCGUCCCCCACCCUCAUCUCAGGGAUCACCAGCCCCCCCCUCCUGGACUCCAUCAAGACAAUCCAGGGCCACGGCCUGCUUGGCCCCCCCAAGUCUGAGCGCGGCCGCAAAAAGAUCAAGGCGGAGAACCCAGGGGGGCCGCCUGUCCUCGUAGUCCCCUACCCCAUCCUGGCCUCGGGCGAGACUGCCAAGGAGGGCAAGACAUACAGGUGUAAGGUAUGCCCGCUGACCUUUUUCACCAAGUCCGAGAUGCAGAUCCACUCCAAGUCGCACACAGAGGCCAAGCCCCACAAGUGCCCGCACUGCUCCAAGUCCUUUGCCAACGCCUCCUACCUGGCCCAGCACCUGCGCAUCCACCUGGGCGUCAAGCCCUACCACUGCUCCUACUGUGAUAAGUCCUUCCGACAGCUCUCCCACCUCCAGCAGCACACCAGGCUUUAUCCCAGGGUGCAAAAUGUGUUGUCUGUCUAUUUCUCGGACUUUGGGGCAUGAGGAGUAGGUUUGACAGUAAGAAGCAAGUGGCCGAGUGGCAGCAGGACAAGUUCCCAUGUCUCCUAAGCCUGGAUUUGACCACAUAAGUUUGUUUCAGCAGUUUUCUGAUUUUUGUCAUUACUUUGAUUUUUUUAAGUUUGGCUGGUUUUAUGCACGUAGGUGUAUGUAACGAAGUAUUGACUAAUAAACAAAGUCCUCCUGGUUGUAUGGUUGUUAAAAUUAGAGCACGUGGUACUAGGGUUUGAGAGUUAACUUCUGUCAGGAGACUUUGUAAAGCCCCUAGGUCAUAAGUAAUCUCUGUGUGUGUGUGUGUGUGUGUGUGUCUGUCUGUCUGUCUGUCUGUCUGUGUGUGCAUGUAUGUGUCAGAAAGAAGUUUUCUUAUAUUAUCUAAGCUCAGAAACCUAGAACCAUCCAAUUUACCUCUGUCAGGUUGUGCCUAUACAACCUGUAACAGCAGGGGUACCUUCUUUUUGGAGAAUCUCCAAAUUUGUCAGUUUCUGGGCUGGCAGGAGUGAUUUUUUCUAUAACCAUAAAGGCUGGGAUUCCAGAAGCUGUGGAUUAGAUGCAGUCCAGUCUCCUGGAGGCCUAGGGAGGCCGCAUUCCCACAUGUGAAGUACAGUCCUUGUUUCUUACAAUGAGUCUUGUCAUGCCUCAUUAAAUGAAAUUUGUCUUUAAAUGUGACAUUUCUGGCAUGGUCAUGGUUACAAAUUUGAUUUACCCAAUUAUAUCCUGUUAGGAAGGAGGACAGAUUCUUAUUGAACCUAUUUGCAGAACUAAUGGUCAUGAAAAGGAAAAGCUUUCAGUAAAGGCACUUUGAAUUUUUUUUAGCAAUUGUUCUGAGUAGUUUUGUAGACAAGGCCAAUUAUGUAUGUUGUUUUCAAUAGAACUAUUAUUUUUGAAUUUCCUUGAUAAUUCAUUAGUUUAUAUCUGUGUUCAAUUUUUAUAGUUUUUUUCCCCCCAGAAUUCUGAAGGGUUAGUUGGAAUAAGGCACCAUUUAAGGAAUAUUUUACUCCAGUUUAUACAAAUACAGCCUCCUAAAUUGAGGAUUAGAGAUAGAUCACAGGGAAAAAAGGUUUUCUUGCCCUUUAGAAAAUAGGACAUUAACCACAAUUAAAUCAUCCAGUCCUAGGUCGUGAUUCCUGUUCUGCUGAUCUUGGGUAGUUAGUCUGCUUUGUAAAGUUCUCUGCCUCUGGACUAAAGACUCUUGGGAGCCAGCCCUGAUGGCCUAGUGGUUAAAGUUCGGCACUCUCGCGGCUUUGGCGGCCCGGGUUCACUUCUCUUCUUCGAUCGAGCUUCUCUUCUUUUGAUUUGCCAGCUUUCUUAUACUGGAAACUUCCUGUGGCAGCUCUUGCUCUUGUAUUCAGCUAAUUAAAAAUGCAGAGACUACAAAAUACGCCCAGUCAUUGGGAGCACCCCAUUUUUUAAUAAAGCGAAGGAGCAAAUCUUUGGUGUUGCCUAGUGGCCAUCUGGAAACUCCAAGAGCACUUAGGUGCAACAGAUACCUUGCUCAUUUUAUUAUUCUGAAUUUGGGGCCUGGAUUUGAGCACAAAGUUUGCAGAGUAGGAAAGAGAUGAGCGUCAGUCUAUUAGAAAAUAAACCCAGUAACAAGUAGUGAUAAUUGUUAAGAAUCUUAGGUUUUUCAGAAGCAGACUUUUGUUUAAAAAUAUUAUUUAAGACCACGAUAAAAAAAGCAACAAAAAAUUAACAGAAUGUUCCUUGACCCGGGGAUUGCUCUCCAUUCCUGAGGGCACAAAUUUUUUGUCUUCUGAGUGAUUUGAGUUCAUGAUGGUGAGAAACCAAACAAGCAACAUGAGGGUCCUAUCAACAUUUAGAGACAUAUUAUUAGUCAUUAGGUGGUGGCACAUGUAGUUAAACCAAUGUGUCCUAACCCAGUGACAAAGAAGUGGGUGUCCCAAAUGCCCACAAGUCCCAGAAUCCUUUAGACAAAGAAAAGAAGCCAAACGUAAAGAAGCAACCAGAUUCCAGGUUCCUUGUUUUCUAACUUUCCCUAGAGACUCCUUCCUGUUUUUUGCUCCUCUAGAGAGAACCAAUCAGGGCGUAUAAUCGAAUCCAUCUUCCCAAUGUGACUGCCAGUAAUGAAAGGGAUAAAAGAAGGUCAUAUCCAAAGCCGAACCAGCCUGGUCAAGUCAUAGAAGGGCAGUUAGAAACCUGGUUGUUGAGAAGGGUGAGCCCGGGAGCAUUUGGGGGUAGCGUCGUUUAGUGGCGCUGGUGUGUCUGGAGCAUCUUGGUGGGACCUCCGUCUAUGGAAGGAAUACCCGACAAGUCAGAAAAGCGGGUAACUGGCAAAGUGUUGCAGAAGCCCAGGCUUCAGAAGGAUUGGCCCAGUAAAUAAUAAAUACCACGUGUGCUGAGGAAAUAAACAGGAACUUGGAGUGAGUCUGUUCAUGAUAGAAAAACAGCGGUUGUCUCAUGCAAAUGGCAUAUGUACAUGCUCACAGGUCUGUAGAUAUCACAAUGCAAAGUCAGGGAGAAUGUUGUUUUGGGAGGGAGGGAGUAAGUUAUGGAAAGGGCUCAAGGUUUUAUCUAUUUGGGGAACUCGUGCUAGACAGAGUGACUCUGGAUUUGUUUGUGUAUUCAUCCUGCAAAGUGUUUUGUGCUUGGCUUUUCUUUUCCUCGCUGUGUGAUGUUGUGUACGUGCAUAAUGAUGAUUGUGGCAGGGGUAGGUGUCAUUUUGUUUCCUCAAGUGUGGUGAUAGUCGUGGUAAUAAAAUCUUAACAACUGUUCCUUAUCAAAGAGCACCUAAGUGCCUGGCCCUGCGGAAGGCCCUGCAUACCAGGGGUCCACAACGUCCUUAUACAGUGUGAAUUGUGCUUCUAAAUAAGAGAUAGCAAGUCUGAAAAAUGCCACGGAGAGGGAAUCAUCUCAAGGAAGGUUAACUUUCACUGUUCGUAUCUACCAUUGUUUCAGUUACAAAGUGCAACGUGGCUGAAGUCAUUCAAUAUAAUGUGCUGUUUAUUACCUGGGAAAUAAAAGAUAAAUGAUAACUAAUGGAUCCUCAAUAAUUUUACUUAAACAUUGAAUAAAUUCCUUCUCUGUUGUUUUUCAUAAAUUGUUUAUCUUAAUAGAAAUGAGUAUAUUAAAA